AGAUCGUUUUAUACCCAAAUAAAUAAAUACAGCUGUGCGAUGGCCGAUCUGCCCGAAAAUCUACAAGUUAUUAAACUAGAGCCUCCUGGCACACCUGAAAAGGCMAAUAUUAAGGAGCGCUUGAAUUUGCACGUCAAACGGCGCCUGCAGCAGGAUCUACCCGUCUCCAGUCCAGAAACUCCACCUGGGGACACAGCCGCAGCUACGAGCAGCAAACGCAACAAAACAACUUUAGGACAGUCGAAAGAAGCGCAAAAACAACGCAAGCCCUAUCAAAAGCGAGUUGAUAAGGUCAAAUCAGAUUCCAGUAAAUGCAAAAAAAGCACAAACGGCAAGCCCGGCAGCUGAUUUGGAGGCAUACGACGAGCACGGCGAUCACGAAGCAUCGCCAGAAAGAUCAGACACCAAAAAUAUAAGCCGCGACCGCUAUAAAAAUGCU